AUGGUGUUCCAGCUGGAAGCAAGUCCCUGCAAGAGAGCGGAUCUACCAAUUUCGAAGGAUGACGUGUUAAAGGUGGCCCAAGCGAUGGCCAGUAAUGUGGAAAAAGAGUGGAAAAAGGGCAAGUUGUACAAGUUUAAGAAUGCUAAUGGGCAAGAGUUUCAAGUGCAAACGUACUCAAAGAGUCACGGAUCUGAGUACUGGUUGAGUAGAAGAUCGAAACACAAGGUUGAUAAGGCAACUUAUGAAAGAAUAGUAUACUAUCUGAAUGGUAGUGAGCGGGCAAAGGACGGUCAGUGGGAAUUGAAAGAUAGAUCAAAGAGAUCUAGACUGGAGAAAGAGUACAUCGAAGUGUUGAGUGAUUACGAAGUACUAGAAAUAACUGAAUCCGGCUGGGUGCUUGUUAAUCUAGAAUACGACCUGGGGAAACCAUUGUCGAUUAGAGAUUUCAACGAAUGGGUAUAUCCAAUCGAACCCUUCACAGACUCCACCACGGGUAUUGAGACUUCAAUGGUUGUCUCGUUAAAUGCAGACAUACCGAUGAAACAGAGCUCUAUGGAAAAAAACCACACACCGGCAUACUAUACCAGUGUAGAGCGACUAUGUUACGAUUAUACGACAGAAGAGCUGGAAUGGUUAAUGUGUACCACUAGCGAUGCCGGAGGAAAUGUACCCAAGUGGAUUCAAAACGCAACGAUAGCCAAGACUGUUGCCAAGGAUGUACCAUAUCUCUUUGAAUUUCUGUCUAAAAAAUAA